CUAAGCCCGGGGUUGCCCGUUCCCCGCAGCCCCGCCAGCCCCUUGGGGGGGGCGUCUUUUUUUUUUUUCCUUUUUUUUUUUUUUCCUCCCCCAGUCUGGGGGGGUUUUUUAUUAUGGGUUCUGCGGGGGAGAAGAUCUUCCAGUCCGGCUUUGCUGUUCUUCCUUGUCCAGCGCUCCGUGGGGAACUGUAAUAUUUCUUCCCCAGGAUGCUGCAGUGAAUUUCAGUCCCGGGAAAUCAGGUGAACAAAAAUAAUCCGAAUAACCCGAACCCCGUUUGUUACUGUGUCAGAACGGACGCUGCCUGAGCACAGAUGAUGGCAAAAAAUUCCCUCGAAGGGUCCAAGGAGGACCUGAGCAAAAUUUCGGAGGAGGAGAUGCUGAGGUGGAGCAAGGAGGAGCUGGUGAAAAGACUGAGGAAAGUGGAGAAUGAAAAGAUGAACUUAAUGGUGGAACACGGCAACUUGAUGAAGGACGUGAACCGGCGGCUGCAGCUCCACCUGCACGAGAUCCGUGUGAAGGAGGUCAACCAGAAGUUGCAGGACGACAACCAGGAGCUGCGGGAGCUCUGCUGCUUCCUGGAUGACGACCGGCAGAAAGGCAAGAAGCUGUCGAGGGAAUGGCAGCGCUUCGGGAGGCACACAGCCAGCGUGAUGUGGAAGGAGGUGGGCAUGUACCAGCAGAAGCUGAAGGACCUGGAGGCGAGGCAGGAGACCCUCCUGCGGGAGAACGUGGAGCUGAAGGAGAUGGUGCUCAUGCUGGACGAGGAGCGCGGGGCCGGCUCGCGGAGCUCCAUCGACAGCCAGGCCAGCCUGACCAACCUCAACGGCGGCUCGGCCACCAUGGACGUGGUGGACGGGAGCAGCACCUCCAGCACUGGCAGCGCGGGCAGCCCUUGACCACCAUCACCACCACCUCCACCACCACAAGGCCGGUGACAGCAGGCCGGGGCCAUGCGGAGGUCUAUGGACGACCUGUCUGCGCCUCGUCACCACCGUAGCAUCCCCAACGGUCUCAACGAUUCGUCUUCCAACUACAUCAGGCAACUUGAAACAAAAGUGAAACUGCUGGAGGAUGACAACAAGCUUCUCUCUCAGCAGUCCAGCACUGGGGAUCUGAGGACUCUGAGGAAAGGGUUACCGCCGUACCACUCCGAGUCACAGCUGUCCUCCCUGCCGCAGUAUCAAGAUGCCCUGCAAAACGGACCAGCUCGCAUGACAUCUGAUCUUGCAUCUUCUCCUGCACCAGGAUAUGUCCCUGUUGGUCAGAAACCAGAGGCUGUUGUGCAUGCUAUGAAGGUCCUUGAGGUCCACGAAAAUUUGGACAGGCAAAUGCAGGACAACUACGAAGAGGACCUGAGUGAAAAGGAGAAGGCGAUUGUCCGUGAAAUGUGCAAUGUUGUCUGGCGAAAGCUGGGUGACGCUGCGAGCUCCAAACCCUCCAUCAGGCAACAUCUUUCGGGAAACCAGUUCAAGGGGCCGUUGUAGGAAUACAGUCCCGUAGGCUGUGAUGCUGUGAAGACUAAAAGAGGCAGAGCUCACAGUUUCUGCCUGCCUGUUCUUUGGGAGUUGGGGUUGAGUUUCUUCAGGGUUUCCUUUUUUUUUGGCUUUUUUGUAACUGUCAAUAGUGUAAAUACGGCAGCUAACAGCCUGAUGUCCAGGCUGUGGUGCUCUGGAACCAAGAGCUCUGGUUCAAGGGGUAACCACCCAGUAACGCCAGACUUGCAUCAUUUGUAUUGUAGUUCAAACCCGCUUUGUCGUAUGGUCUGUUUGUAGAGUUAACUAACUUGAGAGCAUUUCUGAAAGGAACAAGAAGAACCCUUAACCCGUGGAAAAGCCACAGUUUUUAGCACUCCUGUCCACCUGCUUUUCAAUGAUUCAUAGCUAGGUUAAUGGCUCCAGGCAGCACCUUUCUGGAACCUUCCAAGGAAAAAGCAAUUUGAAUUUGCCACCUUACAGGCUGCCAGGCUCCUGAACUGCUAACACUUUAUUUUAUUUUUGGAGGUCUUUAUUGCGAAGAACGAAAUAGAACUGUUUUCACCAGGCGCUGUGUAAAAUACCGAGUGGUGAGUUAAAACACCGGCACCGCUCUGUCCUCACACAAGCAUAUGGAAAAGCUUGAGACACUGUGUGAGCUGUUAAUGAACUAUUUUUUUCAUGAACAAAUGACACAAGCUUUCUGCAGACGUAAUGUGAAUGAACUGAAGACACUUAGCCACACACCAGUAUUCCGUACAAAAAUGGCAACACUUUCCCUGUAAAGCUUUUACUACUAAAUAAUUCAGCAGAAACUGCCAUCCUAACAGUGCUUAUGACUUUCACAGUAUCUUCGAGAGCAGCUUGUCUUUCACAUAUGGAAGAUUUGGGUAUUUUUCACGUUUGUGCUGGAUCCCUCACCUACAUUGGUUACUGUCUAAGGUAACCAAACAACAACCUUGCAGAGCUGAAUAAAACUCAAUAAACACAG